CAUCUAAAAAGCACGUGGGAGAAAUGUCAAGUGCCGGGGAAAUGUUCAACUUCAACAUGAAGUGAUAGCUGAUUGGAACAUCAAAAUUGAUGACUAUGACACAGGACACUGAUCCAAUAUGCCCACAGUGUUAAAAACAGUAACAAUGUUUGACCAUGUUGACUGGAUCUUUCAAAACUUUAUUAAAUGAACUGUUUCCAGAUGGCUCAUUGUAAUUUGCUGGCCUACUGAACAGAUCCCAGGGCCCAAGAGAUCUAACUAGUUUGUUCAAACUUUAGAAAUAGUGCAAUAUGGCUGCCUUUAAACCCCUGCAGAAAGCACUGGACGCCAAACUUAGGAAGAUAGUUCUGGUAAAAUGCUGUCAAGUUCAUCGCUUAUGGACAGUUCGUCUCCGGAGCACCCGGACACAGAGCUCUGCGCUGUUCAUCAGUAAUGCAGUCGCACAACACACCUCUCCUGUUCAAGUUGACCUUGACCUUGAAAAACGCUUAAUCCACGAGUUUGACGUCCUGAGAGAUAACAUACAUCGUCGUGGCAACACCAUCGACUUGCAAAAACUGGUAGAGGACUUCAAACAACUGAAGAUGCUGGAUUCAAGGAAGACAACUCUGGAAGAACAAAGAGAUUCAAUAGCUGGGAUGAUGAAAACACUUGUCAAGGCACAGGUUAAAUCAGACGAUGUUCAGCGAUCAAAAGAAGUGUUGAUAUCCAGGGGAAAAGAAGUGAGAGAGACUCUGAAAGCUCUUAUGCCUCAGUACUUGGAGUUAGAAGAGCGGGUAAUGUUGACAGCCUUGAGACUACCCAACCAGUUGCAUCCAGACACGGUAUUGUGUGUUUCUAGCAAGAGUUAUCCCCCCUUAAAUGCCUAUAGCAACUGUUAA